AUUUAUCUCGUCAAAAGUUGGUGGACUGACAGUUUUUGCAUAAGGCGUAUUUGUAUUUUUUCACGCACUUUCAAUUUUAUUGAAAAAAAUUCUUAAAUCCAAAGUAAGAAUAAGAUCCAUUCUGUGUAAAAUUGCAUGUAGUUGGUGACGGAACAGAGUAAUGUGGUGUUUUUCCUCUGGCCAAACUAAUAACCCAGAACCGAUGGCGGCUAUCCGCAAAAAGUUGGUAAUCGUCGGAGAUGGAGCAUGUGGUAAAACUUGUCUCCUAAUUGUGUUCAGCAAAGAUCAGUUCCCGGAGGUGUACGUGCCGACAGUUUUUGAGAAUUAUGUUGCAGACAUCGAAGUAGAUGGUAAACAGGUUGAACUCGCCUUAUGGGAUACGGCUGGACAAGAGGACUAUGAUCGAUUGAGACCUCUUAGUUAUCCAGAUACCGAUGUCAUCCUGAUGUGUUUUUCAGUUGAUUCUCCCGAUUCAUUGGAGAAUAUCCCAGAGAAAUGGACACCAGAAGUGAAACAUUUUUGCCCCAAUGUUCCAAUUAUUUUAGUCGGUAACAAGAAAGAUCUUAGAAAUGAUCCUAAUACAAUUAAGGAAUUGGCUAAAAUGAAGCAAGAACCGGUGAAACCACAAGAAGGACGUGCAAUGGCAGAGAAAAUAAAUGCGUUCGCUUACUUAGAGUGUUCAGCUAAAUCAAAAGAAGGUGUUCGUGAAGUUUUUGAGACAGCCACCCGAGCCGCUUUGCAAGUGAAAAAGAAGAAGAAAGCUAGAUGCCUUUUGCUCUAAGAAUUUUUUUAUUAAUUUUUGUUUUUGAGAAAAGUAUCAGCUGAAAUAAAUCUUUUUCUCUUGAUGAAAGAUGUCGGAAGUUACACACACAAAAUAUUUUUACAUUUUAUUUACUGAAAUUUUUUUUCUGGAGAAAAGAUACAAUUUUGAAGAAAAAAGUAAAAAUAUUUAUAGAAAAAGGAAAUGAAAAUCAUAAUACUUUCUAUAACAUUUGAGAUUUUUAAAAUGUGUAAAAAAAAAUGAAGAAAUUUUAAUGAAAUCAUUCAUUGAAAUGAAGAUAUCUAGCUGAAUCUUCCUUUUUAUCAUUAAUAAAUUCUACGGGGUGGUUAAUUAUAAAUCGAAAGUGAGUAUUUGGCGUGUUUGCUUGAGAGAAUUUCUCGAAAACUAAGUGAGAAGCAAAAAAAAAAAAUAAAUAAAAGAAUUUUACUGGGAAAAAAUUGUGCUUAGAUUUCGAGAGAUGACUAUCGCAAAAUAUUGCAUUUCUUCCCGAUAGCAUUUUUUUUUUAAAUUAGAGAUUCCGUCAAAGAAAUGAUAUUCCCAAAUAAAAAAAGAAAUGAUUUUAUGUUUUUUGCAUCUGCAGGUAAAUUACAACUUGAGUUAUGAUUUGCGUAUGUACAUAAAAAAGAUAGAAUCAACUGCAACAAUUGAUCCUAAUAUUGAAUUGAAAAAAAAAUAAAUCUGUGGAAUGCAUAUUGACACUUUUUGAAUAUUCAAAGAUUAAUUCAAAAAAAUAAAAAAAUAAAUAUCAAACCUUAAAUAGUAAAAAAAAACCAUCCUUAAUCCAAUUAUAGUCAAGAAGAAAAACCAGAAAAUUAAUGUAUAUAACAUAAAAGAGAAAUACUUUUAAGUCAUUUAAAUGAAAAAAAAAUUUCAAGAAACUGAAAAUCAAUAAAUAAAAACUAAUUCUUUUAUUUCUUAAAAAAAUUAACUAACGAACAUUUUUCGAGAAGGAAGAAGAAAAAAAAUCAUAUUCCAAGAUACAAAGCAAUUUGUUUACUAUUAAAAAAAAUUACAAAAAAAAUAAAAAUAUUUAUUUAAAAAAAAAUCUUUAAAACUUAAAGCAAAAAGGAAUAUUUGGCCUCAAUUCUGAGACUAAGAUCAAGAUCAAAAUAUCAAGCUGUCCAAAAAUUUCUAAAAGCAUUGAUAUUCUGGCGCACUGUGGAACAUAAUGUGUCUCGGCUAAAAAUCAAGAAAUCAGGAUCGUCCACACUUAACGAAAUGUCAUCCGUGUCAAAACAUUUGAUGAUUUUUGUGAUUUUGUCAUUUGUAUCAUCAAAGAAAGUAAGAACAUUGAUUAUUCUGAGGGAUUUCUAAAAUGAAAGUUAACUAAUAAUUAAUUCAGUUCAAUAUAUUUCUCCGAAAUUGAUGCUUGGUUGCGUCUACUGCCAGCUUACCACGACCGAUCUCAUUAGGUAUAACGGAAGAAACCCGGAAUCACAGAUCGUGAUACUAGGAGUUCGUGAAGGUGGAACAACAGGGUUUACAUGUUGUAUGGGUCUGAGUAGUGACAAUAGUGAGAAGUAGGGUCCAGGGAAGGGGGGUGGGGGUAAAAGGGACAGAGUACCAUCACACUCAGGACACCCACGAUUAAUCCUGCCACCUAUAGCCAGAGACCCAGUCAAGAGGGUGUCCCAUGGGGUAACAUUUUAGAAUAACAGCGAUGGCCUGUCAUACAAGUCCAUCCUGCACAUUGAUGGGUAAAAAAGAGGCAGAAGGCACAGAAAAAAACCCACUAGGGCGACCCAGUAGGAAACGGACCAGACAACGCGGAUCAAAUACCCCAAAAGUUGAAUAGAGUUUAUGGAGACAUUCUGAUGACUGGAAGUAUGGCCGUUAACGGCCAAUUGGAUGACGGAUAGAACCUUGGGAAAUUUCAGGAGCGAUCAAAUGCAUAAGUAUGCCAUAAGUGUCGCUUUAGUGGCAGAAGGAAGAAGGAUCUGCUUCUUUUACUGUAGUAGUGUCGUUACGCGCCUCUCCGUUGGCAACCCUCCCCUAUUGCAAUCUCAAGGUUGCCUCCCUGACCUGCUUCAGAGUGAGUAGUAUGACACCCUGGCGCCAUUAGUGGUGGAGUCAGUGUGUCACAGGAAGACUCAGAGUGCAGAUGCUGAGCCUGCGAAUCCCAAAAAGAAGGCCACCGCCUGUUCAGUGUAAGUGUCAGUAGUUCCGAAAGGGCUGCAGUUCUUACUAAAUAAUUCGCCUCUGGGGAUAGGUAGGGACAUUUCGGGCCCCUAGAGAGACUUCCGACUCUCUCUAAUGCUGAAGUAUCCACUUUUCCUAAAGAAGACUUUCAAGGGUUUAUCUAAAAAUCGGUCCUAAGAGCCCUAACCUCAGAUUUCAGAAUGUAUUCCAAGUCUAACCAGUGAAACCAGAAAGAAAAUACGUGGUCUAAUCGUAAAUUUAAGACAAAGAACCGUUUACGUAGAUUUUUGCACUAACCAGAGAUCCACAAUGGAGCCUAGUGCUUCUGACUUCGAGACUAAGUGGACGGAACUUGGAAAUUUGCUCAAUAAAACAGGCCCCGUCAGAAAUCUGUUGACAAUUGGAAGAAAAAUUUCCAGGCAUGUAUAAGUACGCAACCUAGCAGCAGGGCCAGAGAGAAAUAUUGGAGGCUAGAGCAAUCUCUUCGGAGAUGAUGAUCUCAUUGCUAGGGGAGUACCAGAAGAUGCACAAAAUCGUCUAGAAACUGUUAAUGGGAAUAGGGUUGAAAUUCUUCCUGGGAGUUUUACAUCAAAUGCUUCGAUUUUCAUGUCUUCUGAUGAUUGCCAAUCAGUGCUGCUGAUUUUUACAGAAAGCAACUGUGGAAUGAUAACUUUUCGAUACCAUCGAAUCGAUAGUAUCGACAAAUCUAUAUCUGUUAGAUUAAGCGAAUGUCGGCUUUUUACGCAUUGCUGGGUCAUUGCAAAGUGCAGCUAUCGACAGUCGAUACCAUCAGAAUCGACAGUCGAUACUAUCGAAAAGAAGUUACCAUGUCACCCCAGAUUUCGAUACAGUAAAAGGAUCAGAAAUGUCCCGGAGUUGACUAUAUUGUAAAAUCAUUAAAAUCCUAAAACAGUAGGGAAAUUCUGUAAGAGUAUGACAAUGGCGUAUGACAAAUUUUCAUGGCAAAUUCUAGAGUAGGACAACAUGAAGGUCUAGUGAGCAUCUAAUGCUCAUUAUAAGCAGCUCUGUGAAGCCCUUUGUAACUGAUAUCGAUCGGAUGUUUAAAUAAUUCUUCCGAAUUUACUACAUAAAAAUUUUAAGUUUGUCAUACGACAUAGUCGUAGCGUUACAGAAUUCCCCUACACGACAUCAAAAAUUAAAAAAGUAACUCAUUCUGGAACCAAACGAAGAAUCAAUUUUCCAUUUUUAAUCAAUUUAGCAGCAGAUGUAUCCUCUUUACACGAGUUUUUACUAAACUUCACUAUCUUGAUAAUUCAAAGUACCUUCGAGAGCUGCUUGGAAUUAUUUCAAGAAAACAAGAAAUUUGACGUUUUGGAAUCUUGAAAUCCACACGUUUUUUGUCUACGAAAAUGGGUAGACAACUGUGCCGCUCACGCUUCACUCGAGUGUCGAUUUGUCGAUUUCUUCCAAAAAUAAUGUCGAUCUGCCGAUCUUGUGUCAGUCUGCCGAUCCCAUGACGAUCUUCCGAUCCCGUACCUAUCUGCCAAUCUCAUGCCGGUCUGCCGAUUUCUGGCUAAAAUGUGCUGAUUUGUCCAUUUCUUAGUGAAAUAGUGUCAAUCUGCCCAGGGGCCUCUCGACAUUUCAUUUUUCCAUACGUUUUCGCAUAGAGGCACUGAAGACUAUUGGCAAGUUUUUUCUAUGUAAUAGCUGCAAAAUUUUAACAAGGAAAAGUGAAAAAUAGAUUCACUUUUUAUUAGACUUGAUGGGCCCCUGAUCUGCCAAUUUUUAUCUCCAGAUCGGAACUGUUUUGCCGAUUGUCGCUCACAGUUCACUCUGAGCACCACUUAUUUACCCCUUGGUCAUAGGAUUUCAAUACAUUUGACAUCUUGAACUUGAUUUUUUGAUUUCAGAAUACCAAAGUCUUUAAUUUUUUUUGACCUUGAUCUUAGUCUCAAACUUGAGGCCAUUAAUUGUGUUUGAAAAUACUACCUUUUUUGUCCUUCAUUUGAAAAAAAAAAAUCAUUUUAUUGAAAAAAGGAAAAAAAAUGUCAAAACACAAAAAAAAUUCGUCUGAUUAGUUUUUAUUGUAAAAGUUUCUUUUUGAAAUGAAAAGUGCCUAAUUUUCAAUGUAGCUACAUAUAAGUGUGUGAACAAAAUUUUAAGUCCCUUUCGCCGUGAGAUCACAUUUUUACAUAAACUAUUGCUGUCUCAGAUUAAACAGAAUUAUUAAAAAAAAAGAAUUAAAAAAAAGGAAAAAUAGGAAAGAUGAAAGAAUGAUGAAUGGAAACCAACCUCAAAAGGAGAAAAAAAAUUAACUAUAGGGCAAAAUGACUAGAGAUAACACGAAAUAAAAAUAAUAUUUUGUAAUAAACAUCCGUAAAGUUAAGUAUUAAAAAAAGAUAUAGGUGAUUUUUAUUUUUAAUUUAUAAUUUUCUUUGGGCUUUUGACAUUCUCUUACUUUUCGUUCUUAAUUAAAAAAAAAGAAAUUAAAACAAAAAUGAAAUCACAAAGAUAUUGAAAUUGAACGUUCACACACAAAAUUUUUUAAUGUUUCUUCAUUAAAAAAAAAAUAAAUAAAAAAAGAAUAGAAAAGAUAGAGAAAUGAAAAUCUAUGCGUGCGAAUUGUACUUUUUGCAGAUUUUAAAACUGUAAAAUUUUUUGAACAAAAAAGGAUAAAUUUAAGACGUCUCUAAAGUAAUUGAAGAAAAGUGAAAAAUUCGUUUUGCAUAUUUAAGUAUAUAGUAAAAAUUCCAAUAUCCAACAUGUGCUAAUUCUUAGCUUAACCGAAUCAUUUUAUACUACAAGAUAAUAUUAAAAAAAAGAGAAAAAACUGAUAAAAACAAUAUUUUUGAAAAUAAGUUUAAUUUCAGUGGUUUAAAGCUCAAAAAAUUUUUAUAUUUAUGUAUUCAGCAGGAUAUAAAAAAAGAGAUUUAAAGAAAAACAAUGCGCAGAAAACGAGGGUGGCAUUUUCUUUGGUGCUCUCGUAAAAAUAAGGAUUUUUGAAAAAAUAACUUUCUUGAGGUCAUCCAAAGUCUUUUCUAUCUAUUUGAGAAAAAGAAAAUAAAUUUAAAAAAAAAACAUAAAUCAUAGGAAUUUUUCUUUGGGAAAAUGAGAAUAAUCUACCGUAAAUUGAUAUGGAAACUAUUGAAUAAUUUAAGUAUGUUCAAUCUUUAAAGGAAAAAAAUGUUAUAAUUUGAUGUAAUCUAUAAUAAUAAUAAUAUAUAAUGAACGAA